GGAAGCGCUCGUAGCCAAUCGUGCCGGGGCCGCCGCCCGCCGCCCGCGCUGCCUCCGCCGCGGCCCCGCUCCGGGUUCCCAGAGAGGCUCCUCCCCACCAGAAUUCCCACUCCUGCUCCCUCAUCCCGGCUUUUCCCGUGCCAAGGAUGCCCUUCCCGCUGCUCAUCCUGGCACUCGGCCUGGCAGGCGCCAUGGAGAUCCAGGUGCCGGAGGAGCCCGUGGUGGCCCUGUUUGGCCAGGACGCCACCCUGCUGUGCUCCUUCUCUCCCGAGGCCAACUUCAGCGUGGCCCAGCUCAGCCUCAUCUGGCAGCUGACGGACACCAAGCGCCUGGUGCACGAGUUCUCCGGGGGCCAGGACCGCCUGCAGGACCAGGGCCAGGGCUACGCCAACCGCACGGCGCUCUUCUACGACCAGCUGCAGCGGGGCAACGUGUCGCUGCUGCUGCGCCGCGUGCGCAUCGCCGACGAGGGCAGCUUCACCUGCUUCGUGCGCGUGCGCGACUACGACAGCGCCGCCGUGGCGCUGCAGGUGGCAGCUCCCUACUCCAAGCCCAGCGUGCACCUGGAGCCCAGCAAGGACCUGAAGCCGGGCGACGUGGCCGAGGUGACGUGCCACGCGUCCCGCGGCUACCCCGAGGCCAGCGUGCUGUGGCAGGACAGCCGGGGUGCCAACCUGACCGCCAACGUCACCACGUGGCAGGUGGCCAACGAGGAGGGGCUCUUCGAGGUGCGCAGCGUCCUGCGCGUGCUGGUGGAGCCCAACGUCACCUACUCGUGCCUGGUGCUCAACGCCGCGCUGCGCCAGCACGGCCACGCCUCGGUCACCAUCACGGGCCAGCCCCUGGCAUUCCCGGCGGUGGCCCUGUGGGUGACAGUGGCCCUGGCCGUGUGCGUGGUGGCCCUGCUGGGCGUCCUGGCCUUCGUGUGCCACCAGAAGAUCCGGGAGAGCUGCCGGGAGGAUGAGGAGCGUACAGGGCCAGAGGAGCGGGAUGAGGAGGGGGAGGAGCCCAAGACAGCUCUGCAGCUGCUGGAAAACACGGAGAGCAGAGAGGGUCGGGAGCAGGAGAUUGAUUGACGGCAGCCCCGGCCCCGCCCACCUGUCCCCGAGCCAGCAGGCGACACCCCCGGGGCAGUGGCAUCUCUUGGUGGUGACACCGCUGGCAUGGUGACACCUCCAGGCCGGUGACGCCCCCAGGGCAAUGACACCCCAGGGCCGGCGACACGUGUGGUGACAUCCCUGGAGCGGUGACACCCCGGGGCAGUGGCACCUCUUGGCAGUGACACCUCCCGAUCGGUGACACCCCUGGAGUGGUGACACCUCCGGGACAGCAACACCCUGGGUCAGUGACACCCCCUCUGGGCAGUGACACCUCCAAACUGGCGACAACCCUGGGGCAGUGACAUCCCUGGGGUGGUGACAACCCUGGGGCAGUGACAACCCUGGGGUGGUGACAACCCUGGGGCAGUGACAACCCUGGGGCAGUGACACCUCCAAGCUGGUGACACCUCCAGGCCGGUGACACCCCUGGGGCAGUGACAACCCCCAGACAGCCACAUCCCUGGGGCGGUGACACCCCUGGAGUGGUGGCACCCCCUGGUCGGUGGCACCCCUGGAGUGGUGACACCCCCGGGACAGUGACACCCCUGGGUUGGUGACAACCCUGGGGCAGUGACACCUCCAAGCUGGUGACAACCCCCAGACAGCCACAUCCCCGGGGCGGUGACACCCCUGGAGCAGUGACACUUCCAGGCCGGUGACACCCCCGGGACAGUGACACCCCUUCUGGGCAGUGACACCCCCAGGGUGGUGACAACCCUGGGGCAGUGACACCUCGGUGCCCCAGCAGGGAGGACCCGGAGCUGCCGCCUGCCCCACCCCAUUCCCGUUCCCGCCUCCCGUCCUUCCCGGGAAAGGCGGGUGGGGAUCUGCCCGGUGUCCCCGUGUCCCUCUGCGUGUCCAUCCCAGGGGGACAUUCCCCUUUCCCUGCUCUGGUGCUGCCCCGGGCGCCUUUCCCUGCCCUUCCCAAGCCCGGAGCCUCGGGAAUGGCGGCUGGAUCACGGGGAGCUCCCGGAGCCCCUUCCCACGCUCCUUUUCCCACUCCCCGAGUCCCUCCGGACUCAGCCUGGCCUUAUCCGCUGGAUCCCGGCGGGGUUUGUCCCACUGGGAACGAUCCCGGGGCGUUUUUGGGAAGGGGGCACCCGCUGGCCGGGUGAGGUCCUGCUGUGGGGACACCUCUGGGGACAUCCCCAGCUCGUCAUUCCCAUGGGACUGGGGGCUCCGGGUGCAUCCAGGGUCCCCCAGCGCUGUUGGGGACGUGGGGACACCCCGAGUGCUGCUGUCCUGGAGUGCGGGAAGUCCCCAAGGGCUCCUUGGGUUGAAUCCUUCUUUAAAAUCCGGGAUCCGGAGGGUUUCUCGUGCCUUGACAA